UGAAACAAUGAUUAGAAAAUAUCAGUCUCGAAUUGAUACUUAAUUUUUCUUCCCGGCCGCCUGCGUUGACAAACAUGUUAAUUGAUUUUUGCGUGCGGUCUUAUAAAUACUCCUUCCGUCUUACGUCAAAGCAUUACUAGCGCAUCGUGACGAAACGGCGGUUUGACAAAACGCGCUCGCUCAUUUCGUCGCGCUGCUUCACUAUUUGCGGAGCGUUUCGCAAGUGAAUCGCGCGACAUUUCGAGAUUCUCCCGUUUGUGACGGAAUAUGAGCGUACAAUUGUUAUUUUUAGAUCCUCUUUCGCGCAAUUUUUCCGCGCCAUUUCCCGUAGUGUGUUCCACUCGCGCGAGACGAUCUCGAGAGAGAUCUUAUUCAUAGCGAUUCAUCUUACGUCUUUGUUAUUAAUUUUAUCGCCGAGAGAUAAACUAUUAUGCAAUGUGUCGUUGGACACACAUAAUUGACGCUCUAUUUCUGAAGUGUCUGAACGAUAACCGUACGAAGAAACGCGACCGGACGACUUCUCGAAACGCCAUAGGAAGCCUGCGGCGGAUCAGACGUCGGUAAUCGAUGGGUUGAGAACGCGAGAUUUGUGGCGCUUCACCAUCCACCACCAUUUCUCCUGUUCUCUUGUUAAUUUACCAAGGUGCGCAGCUUACCGAUGAGCCAUGUUGAAGGUGGUAGGAGCCUCGUGGCUGCAGACGCGCAUCUCUACGUACAUCCUCGUAGCCGUCGCUCUCCUCGGCAUCGGCGCCAUCAUCCUCGGCGAAUACGGACACGUUGAAAAUGAUGGAACUUACUCGGCUACCGUGUCGUGGAAUCACAAGGGAGGAUACCGCAUCGACUUCUGGGGCCAGGGCAACGAUCUCGCCAGCGUGAAGCUGAACGUUGCACGCGCCUACUAUAAGACCAGCAUCCUCGAGUCUGGGUGGUCCAUCAUCGAGAUAGAAACGUCAUCCAAGUAUCCGGACACGGUGCAGGCUUACGCGGCCGGGCUGCUGGAGGGCAGUCUGACAUGGCAACUGAUCCAUCAUCACUGGUACAACACCGUCAACGUCAUCUGCGAGAAACAAGCCGACAAGUGUCAGAAAUUAAUGCGAUUCCUCCGCGGGAACACCGCGAUCGUUCGAGAACGCGCCGAGCUUCUAGGAGCCACGGAUCCAUUUUGGCACAUGGUACGGCUGUUCUACAUCCAACUAGACGGUUUGGAGGCUGGCUGGAGAUUCGCGGUUCGCCGCAGUCGGCAGACAGUGGAGAUGGAUUCGGGGCAUUUCCUCUGGCUGGCGAUGGCCGCUGAUCUGCCGGAUCUCGAGCUGGCGCCAAACGUUACCGAUCACACCAAAGGUAUGAUCUGUUUGAAGAAUCUUCCCCGCAACGGGCUGGAACCCUUGAUUGCUAUCGGACACACUACCGCCGCACCAUACGCCAAGAUGCUGAGACUCUUGAAAAAGUACACGUUCGGUUACCACGUGUUGCCGAUGUUGAAGAGUGCCGCGCCGGGCAGAUCCGUCAUGAUGUCAUCUUAUCCCGGCGCUCUAUCGUCCCACGAUGAAUUCUACCUAAUCCAAGGGCAUAACCGUGAACUAAUCGUCGCCAAAAUACCGUUAGCGGUUAUCAAUCAUCACUGGAAUCUCACGAAAAUGAAAGAUCAGGUGAUGUCAUCUGCGAAGACGAUGGCGGCGAAUCGCUUGGCAACGAACGGCCGCGUCUGGUCGCGUAUUUUGUUGCUGCAGAACGGCAGUGAGGGCGCGCGCCAAUGGAUCACUCUGGAGCCGCAUAACCGAGUCGUCAUGCUGGUCGAGCAAUUAUCGGGAAUUGCUCGCGUCGCGGACAUCAGUGAGCAGUUCGCUGCGACCGGAGCUCUUUGUCGCACUGGGAAUGCUCGUUUGCGCGAUGUCAAGGUUGCAAUUGACGACAACGAUGAAGAGGGUAACGGUGAGAGUAACGAUGACAUUACGAGGGGCGAGCUAGUCGCCAGGCUGCAGAAGAACAUCACGACGGUAGAAAGCUUCAGGAGACUGAUGCGAGGAUACAGCCACGAGGAUACCGCCACAGCUACCGAAACCGCUGCAAUUAUUACCACCACUGCCACCAUCAACGAAGACGAAGAUCGGGCAGGACGGAUUCUCGCCUACAGAGGAGAUUUGGAAGAUAACGGCAGCGCUUCGCCGUUCGGCGUGAUCGACGCUAAGAUCGUGCUAGCGGAUGUCAACGGCGUGAAAAGCUUCGAGGCAGCUUCUGGCCCGAGCACCCUGGGUGGUGCUAGGAAGCCUUUUCGCUGGUCGAAAGCUUUCCCCAACGUUUCGCAUGUCGGCCAGCCAGAUGUUUUCAAGUUCGGCAACGUCGUUCCUCUGUGGGUCUGGAUCUGAUGGGACGUGUCCCGUCUUCUUUCGAAAGCAACAUUUUCAACUCUGACAUGUCUCAAGAAGAAUUCACCGACAAAAUGCUGCUUUUAAACAAUAUUGAGGUUCGGCUAAAAAUUGGAAAGCUUGAAAACGAAAUAUAACCGGAAAAAAAAGAUCAUAUGUGAAAUUUGCCCAUAUAUGACUAUAUGUAAUCAUAUAUG